AUGUCUUGCUGUGAGUCUGGUCCCCAAGCAUGCUGCAGUGUCCCCCUGGGCCCAGCCACCACCAUCUGCUCCUCUGAAGUGUGCUGCCCCUGUGAGGUCUGCCUGCCCAGCACCUGCCCACAUGAGCUCACCCUCCUGCAGCCCACCUCCUGUGACACCUGCCCCCCACCUUGCUGUGUACCUGACUCCUACGUGCCGACCAGCUGGCUACUCAGCAACUGCCACCCGACUCCAAACCUGAGUGGGAUCUCUGUCACAACCUGCAUCCAGCCCUGCUUAAAGUGUGAACCUUGCUGCUAG